GAACUGAAGCAACAGAGUCUUCAACCCAAAUUAUUCGCAAGAACAUGACGUUAGUCUGAACUUCCAAAUGUAAGGGGAAACAUGCAAGGCCUCCUCACUGCUUUGUGCUCCUCUAGCAGCUUUCUCCCCAAUUCCCCAAACCUUUACAAUUCCAAACAAUCUAUGUUUAGAGCUUGUUGCAGUCAGAAAAAACAUGGGAAAUCCAAUUCCAAAUAUUUAGAGUUCAGACCUCAUUGCACUCUGGGAAAACAAAGCAAAACUAGUAUCACAAAGACCUGGCCAACCAUCUCUCUCUCACUAUUUGGUUCAGGUUUCUUCUUGGGUACCCUGAUUGAUGGAAUUCAUUCAAGGGUAAAUCUUGUGGUAUACCAAAAUGGGUCCAUCGACAUCGGUCCCCUUCACACAAAUGUCUGGGUUCCUCCCUUGCUUGGAUUGUUCUAUUGUACUGUUGGGUUGCUGCAACUCUUCCUGGAUGAGAAGUUCUCUUCCAAGGCUCCAAAGGGAAGCCUAAAGAAAACAGGCUCUUCACUGAUAGCACUGGUGCUAUUUAUUGAGUUGAGUGCUGAAAUGUACAAAGCCGGAGUAGCAGACAACAUUGAAGCCUAUAUAUUAUUUGCAGUGGCUGAGUUUAUAUGGUUGUUUCAGGAUGGGACCAGGCAGGGGUUUGCCCUAGCCUGCAUUGUGGGCCUUGGGUGCCCACUGGCUGAGAUUCCCAUAAUGAAGUUAUUUCACCUUUGGUACUAUCCCCAAGCAAACAUCAAUAUAUUGGGCCAGGGGUUAGUCACUUGGACCAUCACUUGCUAUUUUGUGUACACACCAUUCUUGAUCAAUUUCUCGCGCUGGCUGAAAUCAAUAACCGCUUCUUCUGCUGCUGAUGGAUCAGAUCAUUCCGCCUAGAGCAAUAUGCCAUUAAGUUAGAGAGGCAAACAAUCAACAUGAAAGGAGUUUUCCAUGUACAAAUAGACUAGCAACAAAAUGGAGCUUAUGAGUCAAAUAUGAUAAUAACUACUGUUGUUUCAGAAGGGAUUUAUCUUUCCAAGUCA